AUGUUUUUUCCAUCUGAAGGAGGUUUACCUGCAGGUGCAGGAGGUCGUCGACCAGGCGCAAAUCGUCCUACUGGACCAGCAACAAAAUGGGAUUAUAUUAAAACAUUUUACUAUGAUCCAGUAAAAUGGGAUUUUGUCAAAAGUGUUGGUUUUUUUGCUAUUACAGUUUAUAUGAUUCGAGAUUUUGCAUCAAAUGAUCUUCUUCCAAUGGAUUAG